AGUCGCUUGAGAUAUUUCGCUUGUGGAGGAUUGAUUGUACUCGGGUUCCGUAAAAAUUUCUUCUUUUUGAAUAUACAUGCAUAUAUACAUACAGUUAUACAUACAGUGAAAAGUGUACGGACCUACUGAACGUAUAGAGACGAGAGAAGCAUACAAGACAUAAGAAGAAAAAAAAUCGAGUUUUUUUUUAUAUAUAUAUAUAUUCAUUUCGUUGGUUGAAGAAACGAAAAAAUAGUUCACAAUCAUUUAAAGAAGAAUGAUCGUGAUUUCAGUGUGGGACAGAGAGAACAGAAAUGAAAAACAAGAAGUAAAAAUUCCGGCAACUGAAAGUCAAAUUGUAAUGUAACCAUAUUUCGUUAUUUUCGAAAUGCGAUGAUCAGUGAUUUCACUAAGCUUCCACUGCAAUAAAAUAAGUAACCGAGGCGCACACACACCAAGUGAUCGAAAAACGAAGAAAACGUUGAACAAAUUGCACUCGCACCACGAUUUUAUGAACGAUUUUUAUUUUUAUUUUAAUUCAAAUAGAAAAUCUGUGUUGCUCUGGUACUUCUUAAUUUUAUUUUAUUAUUUUUUUUUUUCUUCUUCGGUUGUUAAGUGUAUGGUGUGUUGAGUUUUUUAUAUAGAGAAAAAAAGGAAAGAAAAAAAAAUAAAUAAACGAGAACAACAGAGAUUUAACAAAUGUGUGCGUUUGAACAAUAUAUAAGUGUACCAUGUAAAAUACAACGUAUACAAAGAUAGAUACCACAUGAAGUUUUUUUUUCUUCUUCGGCUUAGUCGUUCGUUUGUUCAAUUCAAAUAUAUGCUCUUUACAUAAGCCCGUGGAAUAAGGAGUGAUUACAACGGCUGUUGCAGCGCGAUCAUUACCGCUACGAUACUGUCUUUUUUCUGUGUAUAACUUGUGGGUUAAAUGGUGUUUGUUGUUGUUGUUUUGCUGCUGCUGUUAUUGGUAAUAAAGCAAUCGGCUACUGCCUAACCAUCGAUAUAUAUAUAUAUACACACACACACACACACACACACAAUCAAGGCGAUCGAUGACUGAGUUGCACAAUUUCGAUCUGGAAGCCAACUUACCAAAGACCUAAAUGCGUUUUCUUAUGCUAUGACAAACAAAUAGCACGAAACAAAACAGAAAAAAGAAGAAGAAGAAGAAAAUAACGAGCAAAAACGAGAAACGUAUCGAAGAAAACAGAAAAAUAAAACAAACAAAAAACUGUUUGUGAUCAUGCGAUUCAGAAUAACUUAACACACACAAAAAUUCACGAAGAAAAGAAAAAAAAGUUUUCAAAAAAUAAGUCAUCAAUACAUAGGAAUUUUGUCAAAAAUCAAAUCACAAUUGAUUUGAGAACACAAAGAAGCAAAAUUCAAGACACAAGCGACACAACCGAUAAUGACAGUGACAUGUGCUAACGAAAGAUUCAUUAUCGAUCAAAUCGCGUGCUGAAAAUAUUCGACCGAACAUUGAAAACCGCAACGAAAUCAGUGCUCUCUCAAUGAAAAUUGCAAGCAUUCUCAAGUGCCAGAGUAAAAAGAAUCAGUGGUAGUGCCUGAAAAUUUUGCAUUCGUGUUCAAGAAGAAGAGAGAAAAAAAAAGUGCACCGCACUGAAUUCUAGCCUAGAGAAUAGAGAAGUGAAAAAAGUAAGGUGACAAAAAGAAAGUCAUACGACGACAAAAGAAAGAUAGAAGAAAAAAGAAGAAUAUAUCUAUCUACACAUACAUACGCAUGCAAAUAAAAGAGUUCGUAAUAGUUUCUGUUCAAAUCAAAUGAAGACCGGAAAUUAGCGAGAGAAUAGAAAGAAAGAAAGAGAAAGAAAGGGGGAACUACGACGACACAUGCAAAAUAACAAACUGUGCCGCGCAUACAAUAAUAUCAUUUAUCGUGUAACGUAGAACAUGAAGUGUUUUCUUGCACGUGGAAUAAGUUGUUACAUAUUUUUUGGAUUACAAGUAGAUUGGAUUACGACUAAGAAAACUUCUGAAUUUUUUGUAAACUGUCAGCCGCUAUUUCAAUUAAAUACAAAGCGCUUACCAUGACGAAUUUUCAACCAACACCACAUUUGGACUAAACGAACAUUGUUUUGAAAAUUAAACUCAAUUCAGUCGCAUCAGAAUAUAGAACGUAUAGAGAGAAACGGAACAAAAAAAUCGAGAAAAAGAGGAAUUGGGUGCACGUCUUUUGGUACAGUUCGGUGUUUGAAAAACAAAAAAGGGAAAUACGUACAUAGUUUUUAGUGUCAUCCACAUCGGCCACAAUAUCGCCAGAAAGAAGAAAAAAAAACGACAGAGAGAGAGAGAGAGAGAGAGAAAGGGAAAGAUAGAACGAAGCGAAAAGAAAAACAAUCAUCCAGAAUCACACCUAUCAAAUAUGCUAAAAUUCGUAGUAUGGUGAUUUCCAUAGCAUGGUAAAUACCAUAAAAUGGUAAAUUCCAUAAAAUGGCAAAGCAUCAUUCAAAUCCGCCACCAAGACCACCAAAACCACCAAAAUCGAAUUCGAUACGAAUGUCAGAACCGCCAAUGUCAGAGCCGCAAGCAUCAAAAGAAGCUGAAAGUGAAACAACCCUUCCGCCUUUACAGCCGCGACAAGCUCAUCAAAUACCUCCACCAUUGCCACCAGUGACGCAACAAGUAGGAACAUUCGCAGUAUUCUCAGGACAACAUACACAUUCUCCUCCGUCGGCACAGCAAUCAAUUCAGCACGAACAGACGCAGACAAAUAACAACAAUAUUAAUAACAGAUUUCAAGCGACAACGCUCCCGAUUACUGUACCACUUACAUCGUCGAGUUUUUCGCGACGGAGACCGCCACCGCCCGGUUCAGCGCUGCCCAUAAUAUCAUCACUUACAUCAUCAACAUUAUCAACCCAGUCAAAUAAUAGUCAACAUUUGGAUACGCAAAUAUCUCCAGUCACACUGGCGGCGCCGAGACCGGAAACAGAACGGCUCGCAAACGAGUAUGUGGAUACGCCUUUCCGAACACCAAAAUUAUUGGCUCGACUUCAUCAUGCAGGAGUUCAUUCAACGCAUCGAGACUCAGCAAUCGUUGCAACUCACCAGUCAACGCAUAGUAAUCGGAAUGGCGACCGAACGGGCGUCAUCGGUGGGGACAAGCAUCCGUCAAAUACGAUUGGUGCGGUAACGGCGGCUCAAUCGGUUGAUGUGAAAACGCAUCCAUUUGUUAGUCGAACGCCGAAUGCGGCCGUUGCCGAUUGCUCAAAUUUGGGCCGUGCACGAAAUUCGAUCAUUGACUUAGCCUUUUUCCCACAUGAACUUCGUGACAGACAUGGUGGUGAUAAGGCCAUUCGUUGCACAGACAUUCCCGCUGCGAUGCGAGCAAACCCAAAUAGGUGCGAUCGAAGCAACGUGUUACCGAUUACAGCGAUUACGAAGCAACCGUUGCCGUUUUCAAAAGACUCGUCGGCGGCCGGUCUACAUGAAGACGUCGACAUUCAUCCGGCAAACGGUGAAACGCUAAACUCGAUAACAUGUCCAACAUGUAAGCGGUGUCGAUGCGAAGAGUGCCAAAGGCCGAGACAGCUACCAUCUCGUUGGGUGUGUGACAAUACAUGCUUGUGUAGUGCCGAAACGAUUAUCGAUUACACAUCGUGUUUGUGUUGUGUGAAAGCCCUAUUUUACCAUUGUUCCAAAGACCACGAAAUUGAGUGCGAAGGCGACAGUAUAUCGUGUGCGGAUGAUCCAUGCUCGUGUCUGCCGCACAAACGAACUCAGAGAUGGGCUUGGUUGAGUGCAUUAUCAAUAGCAUUGCCAUGUCUAUGGUUUUAUUGGCCGAUGCGCGGUUGCGUUGCCAUAUGUGCAAAGUGCUAUGCUAGACAUUCGCGGCAUGGUUGUCGGUGUCCCGUGCAAAAUUCAAAUAAAUCUACAAUUAAUAACAUUAGCAGUAACAACAGUGGUACAAAUAGCACACGAAUUAAUCGGACUGGUGAUUUAACACCCGAAAAACGUUUGCUCGAUUCAAGUCCUGAAUUCUAAAUUAUUACUAUUAGUUAAAACAAAACAAAACAAAACAAAACAAAACAAAACAAAACAAAAAACAAAUGAAGUAAACAAAAAGCAGACCACAAAAAAAAAGUUUAAUGUGUCUACCCGCUGUACUGUGCACACAUGUACAUAAAUCUCACGACGGAGAGCGGAUAUACUACAGCCAUACGGCUGCCGGGCGUGCACACGUACGAUCACGUCGCAGUCGCUACCCUCGGUCGACGAGAAUCGGACUCGGUCAGUUGAGAGGCCCUCGAAAGUAUAUGCGUUCCAGUUUGUAUUAAAUACAAAACGUGUGCAUUCGUCGCCUUGCGAAUUAUACGAAGAGGCAGAAUGAAAAAUAUUCGAGUCGAGCGAACGAAACUACAGACACGCACACACAGUCGAUUGAUUCGUUUGUAUGCAUUGUGUCAUCGAUUCAACCGAAUGAAUUCGCACAAAAAGAACGAAAUCGUAACACAGAGGUUUUUGUUGCCAAAUCAAAAUCGCACCCAUACUAACAAAUCAAUUGACAAAUAUUCAAACGCGCAUCGAUCGAGCACCGUAUUUGAAUUUAUUAACUGUGUGAGACCAACAAGAACAACAAAUAACAACAAACGGGGAAAGCAUACAGCAAAUUCAUUAUCGAAUAGACGCGGAGACAAGCCAAUUCCAAUCUAACAUUGAAUGCAAUGGAAUCGAAUCGAAAAAAAGGGGAAAAAACACAAAAAAUAAUAAUUUUACGAAAUUAAACCAAUUCAUCUAUACAAAGUAAUAUAUAUAAUACACAAAACAAAAAAUAUAUAUGCGUCUCCGACCCCGGAAGCAUCUUGGCACGUUGUUCAAUGACAUAACAAGCCGAAAUGCUUUCCAGAUAGGCCGAAAAAAUAUAAAUAUUCAAACAAACGAAAGAAAAACUAAAAUGAAAAUGAAAAUACAUAUGUGUAACCAAAGACUGCAACAUAAUUAAAAUUUAGGUUUUUUUAAUUAUUUAAAUACAUGGCAAAUUGAAGAAGAGUGAACGAAUAAAACGCGAAAAACAAAUGAAAAUUUAACGUGUGUGUAAUAUCAUCCAGCCAAUAUAAACGCUCUGUCAUCGGUUGAAAAUACUGACAUAAAUGAUGAAUAAAGGGAAAACCAAAGUCAGUCACAUCAGUUUGAUUUGAUGUAGGUAGAUAUCAAACGACGACCGCACGGAUACACCAAAAUAGCCACGACUCUGUUACAUUGUUUUAAUUCAUGUCAUUGAAAUGGACACGAAAAUUUGAGUUAAAAUUCGGUUUUUUUUUGUCCGUGCUGCUGCAUUAAAGGGAUUUUAUCUAUUAACUUCAAUUCAUAACAACUAACAAAAAAAAAAGGUAAAACUAAAUAUUAAACAUACCGGUAAUAGGCGAUCGCAACGAUCCACACACACACACAAAAUAAUAGAGAAAAUGCAACAGCUUCUGUUUUUCCGAGGUCGAAACAAAAAAGUAAUAGCACGCGGCUUUUGUCUCGGUGUGUAUGUGUGAUAUAUACUUAUAUUCUUUUUCAUCUCAACUCUUACUCAUGAGAAAAGCGAACUUUUCGAUUUUUUUUUCUUUUAAUUUUUCCCGUAUCAAACUGUUUUUUUUUUAUUUUCUCUGUUUAAUAAAUUUUAUUUCAAAAUGAAAAAAAGAAUUUAUUUCUUUGACUUUGCGGAUAAAACAAAUAUUAACCACAAACAUAAAUGGUGCGAUGUGCUUUUGUUGUUUAUUACAACAUUCAAAGUGUAGUGAAGAAUCACUCUAAUCACAUUCAAUAACCACUUUCCCAAAAAAUACUCUCUCUGCGUGUGUAGUUGACUGGAUUUAAAGCAAAAUACGAACAAAAACACGUCAAAAUCAAUAUUCAUCAAUAACAAUGUUCAGUACAUCAACAUCCCGAAUCAAAUGAACCACGAACAAUUUGAAAAUAAGCAUUUGAUAAGUUUUCAACUCAAAACGAUUGUAUUUUUCCUCUUCGAAACCAUUUUCACUCUUUUCUUUGGAAAUUUCUAUUUCGCCAGUUCGAUAUUUUCGGUUGUACAUUCUGAACUAUUUCAAUUCAAUGGAAUUAGGUUUCUCUCUCCCUCUCUUUCACUUAUUUACUCAUUCACUCACUCACUCACUCCUUUUAUCUUCAGUUUUAUCGAAUCCCCUGUUAAUUAUUCAUUUAUGUUGUGCACAUCAGUUCAUUCUUCAAUCAAAUAUUCCCUUAAUUUAUUUCCAUUUGUUCUACGCUUCGUAUUUGCACAGUUGUUUGUCCUUUGCAAAUAAAGCGGAUUUUCUUUUUCGAUCUCGGCACCAAUUAGUUCAUUGCCCCGGCCGCCUUUCGAAAACUCCUCUUGCUUUACGCGAAAAUGCAAUUUCAAGUGUGUCAAGUCUCUCUAACUGUGUGUGUGUGUUAUCUUUGUUCAAAUUUCCAACGAGAAAAAGAAAAGAGUGGUAAAGUUUGGUUAACAGGGCAGAUUUGUUGUUUAUUUUUUUGAAUUUGAUUGUCGGGGUUUUCCGCAAAUAAUCCGUGCAGGUGCAUCGAAAAAAUUCAAAUUGAACAUUUUCAUAAAAAAAACACCAAUUUCAAAAUCAAAUGAAGAUUCGAGAAGAAAAAAAAGAAGGAAAAAAUUGGAGAGAAACGCGAAAAACAAACAUUUAAAAAAAUAUAUAUGAAUGAUAUUUCAUCAGUAUUAUCUAGUCUCAUAAAACAAAAACUCAUUCACUUAUGAUUGAACACAAAUUUAUUUAAACGACCAUACAUACUCUGAGUAAAUUUGAAUGAGGAUGUGUUGUUACUUGUUUCGUUCACAAGAAAGAAAGAAAGAAAUGGAAAAGAAAUGAAAAGCAAAGCAUCAAAAGUUGAAUAAUAAUAAAAUACGAAAAAAAUGAAGAAGAAGAAAAAGAUCGAAACUGUAAAUCUUAAUUUAGGUAGUUAGCUUCGUUUGUUUAAUUAACACAAUUCUUCUUUCUUUCUUUUUUAGAAAAAAGAAAAUUCAAUUUUAGCUAGACGAACAAAAUUAUUGAAAAAUAGAAGAAUGGCAUAGAAGAAAGCUCUGAAACUUAUACACAAACACACAUACCUACAAACAGAGAAUAAAUCGUAGCCACAACGUUUUGUGAAAAUACGCAGAAAAUCGCAUUAAUGCUAAUUAAUCCAAAACAAGUACAUAAUAAACUCGUGCUCGAACACAAACACACACACACACACACACAAACACCAAUUUUUGGUGGGAAUAUCCUCUAAUUUUUCUUUCGAAACAAAUGCAAUCGACUAAGCGAGAAUUCAUCGGCCUAUCAAAUUUAAUCAGUGACAAAUAAAAAUGGUGUACGACGGUGGUGGAGUUUUCAAUGCAACUUACACUUAGAUUUGGAAACUUUGUCAACGUCAUCGAUACACAAAUUUUUAUUUUCUUCUUCUUUGUCAUCGUUGGCGAAUACUUCAAUGAGCGAAACUGUUUUUUCCGACUUGAGUUUCUUUCUUUCGUUUUUUUUUCCUUCAAAAAAUCGUUUUCGUUCGAUUUCAUUCGAUCUCUCUCCCUCUCUCUGGAGAAAGAAAACGCCGAAUGGAACGAGUGAAAUAUUAAAAAAAAAAGCAUUUUUCAAAAAUAACACAAAUGCAAGAAAUAGGGAAACAAAUGGGAAACGAAGCUCAUAGCUGUUCGAUGGCAUAACGAUUGAAAAAUUCGGAGGAUACAUAAAGGAAUUUUGUUGUAAAUGAUUGUAAAUAAUUUGAAACUAUGUAAUAAAUAAUUUGUAAAACUAAAUGAUGUGGUGAGAAAAUUGAAAGGAAGAAACGAAAAACAGAAGAUAAAAAGAAAACACAAGAAAAUGAAGGAGAAGUAAUAAUGAUGGAAUGCGCUGUAUAGGUAUAUUUUAAGAAACUGAAUGAAAAUACACACACGCAAACAAACAAACAAACACACUAGUAGAAAUGUUUAAGAAGUUAGGCAAAAUAAAAGAAUUAAACGAAAAUGGAGGAGAAUAAAAGAAGAAGAAAACGGAACGAAUCGAAUUGUUUUGAAGAUAGGAAACACUAACUUCCAUGUAUGUUUCAUGUAUUAUUAUAUAUCCCGAAUGCUUAUUGAGAGAAAUUAAUUGAUAACAAAAACAAAACUAAUUAAAUUAAAUGGAAACGCAUAUUAAAAAAUAAAUGGAAAAAUAACAGUAAUUUAAUAAAAAAAAGUGGAAAAAAUUGUUAUGAUUUUAAAAAGUAAAACAAAACAAAAAUUAUAAUUACACAUAUUCAUAAGAGAAUAAUAUAAUUAUAUAUAAAUUACAAAAGA